AUGCCGGCAUCUACCUUGGACCCCGUCAAUAAUGCCCUCCGAACAGCAUUAUCGAAAAAUGAGUCGAGCGAAAAUUCUUUGGAUACACAGUUAGCGGGUUCUACCAAAAAAGCAUUAUUGUCGAAUAUCGAAUUCGAGUCUGCUGGUAGCUACCAAAAUGCUGUCCUUGAUAGACUGAAAUCUAAAUAUAUAGUCCUAAGGAGCCCCGAAACACCCCCACCAAGUAAACCUGAGGAGGAAAUGAGCACAGAUGAAUCCCUAAAACUAGCUAAAUACGAAUUGUUUCCUUUAAGUGCUGUUCAACUUGGUUGGAAUAACUGUGAUUGGUCUGUAGGUGCUGGUAUGGUCAACAUGGGGAAUACUUGUUAUUUAAAUUCCACUUUACAAGCUCUCUUUCAUGUACCAGCUUUAGUAAAUUGGCUAAUGUCUGACAAAGAUCAUACUGCCAUCUGCCAAGAUUCAGGAGGUCUCUGUAUAAUUUGCGCGAUGCGAAAAACACUUCAAGAUUCCCAACAGCGCAACGCCAAUUCAAUCCGUCCUUUACUAAUCUACAACAAGUUGCGUUUGGUCUGCAGAAACCUGAUUCCAGGUCGACAAGAAGAUGCUCACGAAUUCCUCAGGUAUCUGGUCGAAGCCAUGGAAAAAGCCUAUUUGAGCCGGUUCAAAAAUUGCUCCGAUUUCGAUUCAAAGACGAAAGAAACGACGCCGCUGAAUCAGAUUUUGGGAGGUUAUUUGCGAUCGGCCGUUAGGUGUCUGAAGUGUGGACAUGUCAGUACCACAUUUCAGCAUUUUCAGGAUUUGUUGUUGGAUAUUCGGAAGGCUCAGACGGUCGACGAAGCUUUGGAAUCGUACUUUUCAAGGGAGAAGUUGGAUGACGAGUCUUAUCAGUGUGAAUCUUGUCAGAAAAAGGUACCUGCUACGAAACAGUUCUCUCUAGAACGGGCGCCGAUGGUUCUGUGCAUCCAAUUGAAGAGGUUCUCGGUUAGCAAUAACAAAAUCACAAAGCACAUUAACUUCAGACAAAGACUGGAUUUGACAAAAUACGCUCGGCAUCGUCCGAACGUGCCCCUUAUCUACCGUUUGGUGGCGCUCGUCACCCACAUGGGACCCACCGUCAGUUGUGGACACUACACGGCGGUGGCGCAAGCGCCUUCAGGGAAUUUUUAUCAAUUUGAUGAUAGUAUGGUAAGACCAAUCUCACACCAAGCUGUGUUCAACACAAACGCCUACAUAAUGCUCUAUGAGUUAGAAUCGUCGCCGUAUUCUCAAAAUGCCAAGCCCUCAACAGCCGGUAGUAAACUCAAAACAUCGACGCCUACCGAAGCUACUUCGAGUGCUUGUUCGUCGAACACAAAUUCGUCGAGCUCUUCAACAAGUGCCUCUAAAUCCUUCUCGAACGGUGUGGGAUUCACCAGUGAUAAAGUUUAUGGUCCCGAACUGCCUCCAGGUAGAUUGGAUGGUACCUGUAACGGGUUUGUUACUAGUAGUAAUGGCAAAGGUGAAUCAGAUACCACGUCUAGCAGUUCUAGCGAGCAAGAUUCUGAUGGCGAUGUAAUUAUCGCAUCAUCUCUUAGUGAUAAUAGUAAUAAUAAAAGCAGCUUAGCUGUAAAAGACGAUGAUAUUAGUUCCACUUGUGAUGAACCUGCUAAACCUCCGGCGUUGCAAAAGAGAAUGUCCCCUCCCUCCUCUCCUAAUGUAUCCACCAGCAUUUCGAGUCUCUCAAGUCCCGACGUAACACCUAAGAAAGACACAUCACCUAGUCCCGUGUCGACAUCGAAGAAGACCGUCGAAUCAGGUUCGCCUUUAACGAAACCUCUGGUUCCAUACGAAUCGGACGAUACGAGUUCGUCCGACGACUCGAACCAUUCGGCGAGCGAAUUGGGCUCGAGGGUGUCGACCAAGGCCGCCGUUGGGGAGUGGCAAGUAACGUCGUCGACUGAUGUAGAGCAAGAGUUGCCUUCAAAGAGCGAUAUUUGGUCUAAAAAGGCUAAAGAGAAUGGUGGUGCUAGUAGCCAGAAUGGUGGUAGUAACAGUAAUAAUAAUAAGGUGGUAAAUGAACUUUUCAAAAUGUCGCACACCGGUUAUUCGGCACCUGUGUCAACGUGGAACGGGUCAAAGUCUCAGUUGGAAAAGGAGGUGCAGAACGAAAGGCGCGAGGAUAGAAAAAGAGGACUCGCCGACAGUUCGGAUCAAGGACGUGUCAAACACAUAAAGCUUGUUCCGAAUUUUAAACUGAAUCCAGGAUAUAAUCCGAUUCAAGAGUACCACAAUGCAAAGAACUGGAAUCACAACAACGGCAACGGAAACUACAAACCAUUUUACAACGGAAACAGACACAGGCGCAUGUUUCAUCACAAAAAUUUCCACAAAAACUAUCGUUACAGACAGUGA